CCUUUGCCCCAGGUGCUCAGGCUGCCCCAGCGCAUGCAUCGAGUUGGGGGAGUGGGCUGCAGGUCACAGCGUUUGGGACUUGAAGUCACAUGGGCUUCAGGGCGUGGGAGAAGGGACUGACUGUCUGGAAGGAAUUCAACUGUAAGGUGUGUGGAGUACGUACCCUGCCAGGCAUCUGUUUCCACGGCGGCUCAAGUAGCUGGGGUGGUGGCUGUGCAUGUGUCAAGGAAAAGCACUAAGAUUGUUCCAGCCCUUGCGUGUGGGCUUGAGAUUUUGCAUUUGAGGAGGGUACGUUGACAUCUAUCUGAUACUAGACUGGUGAAUGGGAAGAAGGUCUCAUCUCUGGCCUGUUUAUGGAAGCUGGGAUGAUGAAGGCACUGCAGUGGGAACAUGCUGUGAUACAGGGUUGAAGCUGCAGCCCAUAUACGAUAGGAUGGAAGAAUCUCAUUUCAACUCCUCCCCGUACUUCUGGCCAGCGGUGCCCACCGUCUCGGGACAGAUUGAGAACACCAUGUUUAUUAACAAGAUGAAGGAGCAGCUAUUGCCCACAGAGAAGGGCUGCAGCCUGGCUCCCCCCCACUACCCUGCCUUGCUGACAGUACCCACCUCUGUGGCUCUACCCACUGGUAUCUCCAUGGACUCGGACACCAAGCCAGAGCAGCUGACACCACACAGCCAAGCCCCUGUGACUCAGAACAUCACUGUGGUACCAGUGCAGUCUGCUGGGCUCAUGACAGCAGGUCCUGGUCUGGUGAUAACCUCCCCAUCAGGUUCUCUGGUGACCACAGCAUCCUCUGCCCAAACCUUUCCCAUCUCAGCCCCCAUGAUUGUCUCCGCACUACCCCCUGGCUCCCAGGCAGCCCUCCAGGUGGUACCAGAUCUGUCCAAGAAAGGGACAACCACCCUCUCUGAAGGUGCUGGGGGUGGUGGGGGUGGGGGAGUUGCCCCCAAACCACCCCGGGGCCGGAAGAAGAAACGAUUGCAGGAGUCGGGGCUGCCAGAGAUGAGUGAUCCCUUUGUGCUGUCAAACGAGGAUGAUGAGGACCAGCACAAGGAUGGCAAGACGUACAGUUCCGUGAGCAGCGGAACUAAUGAAGCCUGGUUUCCAGCGGCUCUCUCCUGUGUGGAUUCUCUGAUGUCUAAUCAAGGGUGCCGGAUGUGUUCGCUGACCUUCUACUCCAAGUCGGAGAUGCAGAUCCACUCCAAGUCCCAUACGGAGACAAAGCCACACAAGUGUCCUCACUGCUCCAAGAGCUUCGCCAACAGCUCCUACCUGGCCCAGCACAUUCGAAUCCACUCAGGGGCCAAGCCCUACACGUGCAGCUACUGCCAGAAGGCCUUCCGCCAGCUCUCCCACCUGCAGCAGCACACACGGAUCCACUCCAAGCUCCACACGGCGAUUGUCAAGCCACACAAGUGUCCUCACUGCUCCAAGAGCUUCGCCAACACAUCCUACCUGGCCCAGCACCUCCGCAUCCACUCGGGGGCCAAGCCCUACACCUGCCGCUACUGCCAGAAGGCCUUCCGCCAGCUCUCCCACCUGCAGCAGCACACACGUAUCCACACUGGGGACCGGCCCUACAAAUGCGCUCACCCUGGGUGUGAAAAGGCUUUCACCCAGCUUUCUAACCUGCAGUCCCACAGACGGCAGCACAACAAAGACAAACCUUUCAAGUGCCACAACUGCCACCGCGCGUACACAGAUGCUGCCUCGUUGGAGGUACACCUGGCUACGCACACGGUGAAACAUGCCAAGGUCUAUACCUGCUCCAUCUGCAGCCGGGCCUACACCUCGGAGACAUACCUGAUGAAGCACAUGCGGAAACACAACAUCCCCGACCCGCAGCAGCAAGUGGUUCAGGCCCAAGCCCAAGCCUCGCAGCAGCAGCAGCACUUCCAGCCCCAGGGGGGUGGGGCAGCAGGGGGUCCUUCUGGAGACACUAACCAACCCAACCCUCCCCCUCAGUGUUCCUUUGACCUGACUCCUUACAAGACUUCAGAGCAUCACAAGGACAUCUGCCUCACUGUCAGCACCAGCGCCAUCCAAGUGGAGCACCUCUCCAGCUCCUAGAGAGACCUCAACCCAGGGAGCAGAAAGCCUCUUGUGCAUAGCCUGUGCCCAGGGGCACUGCUUGUGCAGCAGCCCUCCUUGUGCAACAGUCUCUGGCCUCUCCUCCUGCAACAGCCUCUUCUGGCCGUGUAACCCUGUUCAUGGCAGCCCCUUGAAGAACAGCCUAUCUCAAGGGGGUGCUCCUUCUGUGCAACAGACUGCCUGGUAGGAGGAUGCUUCCUUGUGCAAGAGCCCCUUUCCUGUGCUGGGAUCACUUCCUCAUGCAAGAGCCCCUCCUUUCAAACCCAAAUGAAAGGCCCCUGUUUUGCCUUCUCUCACUGUAGGAUGUGUAUGGGGGGGGGGGGUGCCUGUUGAGGCAUGCAUGGUGGAUGGGAUGGAGAGAGGGUCCUUGUAUGUACAGGGGCUUGGACACAUGUUUUUUGCAGGCCAUAGAAGAAUGUGGCAGAGUUCACAGCUGAAUGGGGUUUUUUGAGGAUUUCCUUGAGUGUCUAAGAGAGAAAUAUCCAUUCCUGUCCCUCCUGCUUGUGAACGGUAGGAGAGGUCACUUGUCCUGCCCUGAGGACUGGAUGGGAGAAACCUCCUUCUCCCCAGUGGAAGGUGAGAUGGGGGCGGGAGACGUAAGGUGUGUCUUUGGACCUGACAGGUGCCUAAACUGUCUGAGGGGUGUGGAGUAUUGCACUCUUUCUCCUCCCCUCAUUGAGAGCAGUAGAGAGGAGUCUCUCUGAAUUGGCUGCUUCCUCUCUCCCAGCUGUCUGAGCAGCAUGAUGGCCAAGGCUCUGUAGGGAGUGUGGGUUCCUGCUCAUUGCUCUUCCUGCCCAGUGUGGAUGAUGUACUAGCAGCCUGUACUCCUCUUCCUCUCCCUCUUUUCUUCCCCCCACCUCCUCAAAAGAGCCUGCAAGCAUCAACAACAAACCAAAAAGCAACUGGAGAGAGGGUAAAAGACUGCCAAAAUAAUCAUCACCCUUCUCUCUACUCCCUUCCCUGAAAGGCAGAACAGCAGUUCUGACUGUGGCACACCUGUCCUGCCCCCAGUUUCCCAAAGGGAAGGAGGAGGAGGAAUAGACCAAUCUUUUCAAGGAGUCAGCAGGAGACAGGGAAAGGCUAGCUUCUCCUGCUCACCUCCCAUCAGAAUGCUCUCCCAGGUUCCCUCUUGCCAAGACGGGCUGGACUCAUGGCAGUGGUGGCCUCUUCUGGACCCUGAUCAUGGGAGAGAAUCCCCAAAAGGUGGACAGUGGAGAGAAGGGGAUGAAGUCCCCACAGAGAGACCAAUCUAAUGAGAAGGGGGAGCCAACAAGAAUAAACUGAAGGCUCCUUGAAUUUAUAUAUAUAUAUAUAUAUAUAAAUAUCUAUUCCCCAGCCCAGCCCGCUCUGUCCUUGCUGUAACUGUUUCUAUCUCUGUGUUUAUAAAACGCAUAAUCCUGGCGAAUUUUUAUUUUCAAUCUUCGUUUGUUUUUCCCUCUCUCUUCAUCUUCAAUUCUCCUUCCUUUUUUUUGGUCCACAUAACUACUGGUCUUGUGUCACUUGUUAGUUUAUUUGGAUCAUGGAGGCUGACUCAGAAGAGAAUGAGAAGACAAGGGAAAAAGCACGUGUUGUUGGGAUUUAAAAACAAUCAUCCACCCAAAGCGUACAGAAUCCCAAACUUCUGUAUGAGCAACCAAUAGGGGCUUUUUUUUUUUUUUUUUUUACCACCUUGUAUAGAAAUAAAUUGGUGUAAAAGGCUUUGUGGAGGUGCUGCUUUGAGCACUCUGCCACUGUGAUGUGUGUUCCUUCCCCAUGCACCAGAACACUGCAUGAGCAUCUUGUUGCUGUGAGUCCUGAGCGGCUGUGUGAAUGCAAGAAUAGCGCACCCCUGCCUUGGGGCAGCCUAGUAGAUCUGACAAGGGAAUCUAGGAACUCUGCUCUUUGCACUCUGCACACGUGUAGCCUGUGGCAGAGAACUGUUUCUGUGCGCUUAGUCACCAGGCUUGGCUGCAAAUGAAGUGUUUCGUAGAUUUAUAGUUUAGGCUAGAAGAAGCUGUCUGAUUUGAUUUGACUUCCUGCAUUUCACAGGUGACAUUUCAACUCACUUCUCCUGUAUUGAGCCCCAGUAACUAAUGUGUAUUCGAGGUACGUAUUAGUGAAAUGCAUUGGCUUGAUUUGGAGGCACUGGGAUACAGAGAAUCUAUCCCUUCCCUUAGUAGCCUGUUUCAAGGGCUUAGUGUUCUCGCUGUUUAAAUGUUGGACCUGAUUUCUCCUCCUCUGAAUUUGUUUGGCUUUAGCUUCCAGCUACUAGUUCUGGAUGUAUCCAUCCCAUUGAUUCAGAGAGCCUUAGAGCACAGUGGGUGUUUAUCCCCUGGCUAGGUAUUUAAACAUUGUAGUGUCACUUCUCAGUCUCCUUUUUACAAGCUAGAUAGAUAGAGCUCCUUAAAUCUUUCACUGUAAGGGAUUUCCUCCAGUCCAUGAAUUAUUUUUAUGUCUCUCUACAUCUUGUUGCAUUUUUCAAUAUCUUGUGAAAGUUGAUUUUGGAACCCAGUGUUCAAGCCCCAGUGCCAUGGACAAAGUCCCCCUGCCCUUUGCCUUAAGUUCUCAGAGGAUUGCAUUUGCCCCUUUCUCACAGCAUUAUCUGGGAGCUCAUGUUAGCUGCUUGUCUGCUGUGACUCCUAGAUCAUCUGUAGUCUCAGCUCUCCAUGAUAGUGUUUUCCCCUUUCUACAGGUGUGACCUGAGUUCUUAUUUCCUAGAUACUUAAACCUUACAUUUGACUGUACUAAAGAUCGUUUUGUUUGAAUCGACCCAGCUCGCUGAUGGUCCAGAUUGCUCACUACUUUGCCGGUUUUGUCACUGUUAUUUUUUACUUUCAGAUCCAGGUUGAAAAUGCUGUGUUGCAUCUGACCUAGACGAACUUGAAAAGCAUCAUUCAGUGCAACCUUUUAUUAUCCUCUUUUGAGACUUGCAGGCUAGGCAUUUCUUAAUCCUUUUAAUAUGUGCUCUGUUGAUUAUGUACAGUAAAUUUUUUUGACUUAUGGUGCUAGGUCAAUGCCUUACAAAAAUUUACAUAUGUUGCACCUAUGCAGUCCACUUUGUCGAACCAAAUGUAUGAUAAUGUCAUCAAAGAAUGAAAUUAGGGUUUGGCUUUUUUUUUUUUUUAUUUAACAAAAUCUCUAUUUCAUAAAACCAAGUUGAUAGUUUGGAUUAUAGGUUAUAUUUUUCAUUCAUUAAUUCUUCAUCUCAGUGGCUUUUCCAUUAUUUUGCCUCAGACUACUGUCAAAUUUAUGACAUUGAGUCAUUUCAUUUGCCUUUUGGGAAUACUGUCGUGAAUGUCUUAAUGGUAUUUCUCUAAUAUCCCAAGAUUAAUUAAAAUCAGAAUCAAUGGGCUAGAAAGCUUGUUAGUUAACUCUUUUAGGACUCCUCAUUGUUUGCUGACUUAAAAAUAUAUAUCCUUAGUAGAUAUUGUCUAAUCCCCUACUUUGAUACAAAGGUAAUGGAGGUAAAUUGCUAUUUUAAAACUACUACCACAUCCUGUUUCUUUCUGGAUAUGGAAUAGAGGUAUUUGUUGACUGAUUUUCCCUGUUCCGUGUCGCUAGCAAUUUCACUGUUUUUAUCUAGUAUGGAUCUGUGCUAUUGGUAAGAUUUCUUUUGUUCCAUUUUUACUUAAAAGGAAUGAAAGAUCCCAAAUCCUUUUCCUAUUUUCUGUAGUUUUGCUAGCCACAGAGCUUUCCUUGUCAGUUUUCUCUGCUUUAUAAUGCCUAAUUUAUGUUGCUUGCUGUCUAGCUUUAUCCUUUUCCAUGUGUUAUAUUUUGGCCUAUUUAAAAAAAAAAAAAAAAAAAAAAAAAAGUUUCUAGUUUCUCACAGACUUUCCUCACUGAACCCAGGAUGAGCUUUCACCCAAAGUUCUUCUUUCUUGAUUGUGGAAUUGGGGCUUUUUUGGCCAUACAAUAAAUUUUUCUUAAAGAA